AUGGAGCAGAAGAGGUCACAGCACCUCCACGUGAAAGAAGAGGAGCCAUAUUCCCCCCACUUUAAAGAUGAAGAAAAACAGCGGCCGUCCCCGCACUUCAUAGAGGAAGACAAGAGACACCUCAUCAGUGUGAAGAGUGAAAAAUGUGGUAAAAGAUUUUUAAGAAAUCAAAGUUUAAAAGCACACAUGAGAACACACACUGGAGAAAAACCUUUUUCAUGUUCAAUCUGCGAAUGUGGUAAAGGUUUUGUAAGAAAUCAAAGUUUAAAAGUACACAUGAGAACACACACUGGAGAAAAACCUUUUUUUUGUUCAAUCUGCUGUAAAGAUUUUACUCAAAAGCACCAUUUCAAAGCACACAUGAUAAUACACACUGGAGAAAAACCAUACUCAUGUUCAAUCUGCAGUAAAGGUUUUACUCGAAGGGACCAUUUCAAAAAACACAUGAGAACACACACUGGAGAAAAACCUUUUUCAUGUUCAAUCUGCUGUAAAGAUUUUACUCAAAAGCACCAUUUCAAAGCACACAUGGGAAUACACACUGGAGAACAACCUUUUUCAUGUUCAAUCUGCAGUAAAGAUUUUACUCGAAGGGACCAUUUCAAAAAACACAUGAGAACACACACUGGAGAAAAACCUUGUUCAUGUUCAAUCUGUGGUAAAGAUUUUACUCAUAAGCACAAUUUCAAAGCACACAUGAGAAUACACACUGGAGAACAACUUUUUUCAUGUUCAAUCUGCGGUAAAGAUUUUACUCAAAGGGACCAUUUAAAAAAACACAUGAGAACACACACUGGAGAAAAACAUUUUUUAUGUUCAAUCUGCGGUAAAGAUUUUACUCUAAAGAACCAUUUCAAAGCACACAUGAAAAUACACACUGGAGAAAAACGUUUUUCAUGUUCAGUAUGUUGUAAAAGUUUUAUACAUAGACAGCAUUUGAAAAGACACAUGAUAACACACACAGGAGAUGAUCCAGAAACUGGAACCUCCCACUAG